AUGGGAGCUACCGGGGCUCAUGAAGUAGGCUCAGCUGGUGCAGGUUAUGACUCAGGUGAAGGAGAUUAUGAAUCUGGUGCAGGUGGCUAUGGAUCAAGUACAGGAGGUUAUGCUAGUAGCUCAGAUGGUUCUGAUAGAGAUGAAGCAAGAGGUUACGGUAGUAGUGUAGAUGGGUACAGAGGUGUUGGUUCGAGUAGCUAUGGAAGUGGAUCGAGUGGAAGCGGUGAAGCAGGUGGUUAUAGUAGCGGCUUAGGUGGAUCGGGUUCAGCUGGAUCAAGUGGGCAGGGUAGUGGAUUGAAUGGAUCAGAAAACGAUCUUUAUCACAAAUCCGAAGCGUCCUUGAGUCAGUUGUACCAUGUUAGCUCUCGAUUAGCUUACACCUCCAAAGACGAAUCAGAUGAUAAAUACAUAGCCUCAAUGUUAGGAUACAUUGUGGCACAAUUCUUAAAUAUUUACUCAACCAAAGAUACCACGUUUGAUGACGCUUAUGCAAAAGCUCUGAACAUUGCUGAAACACAUAGAAAUUACACUGCCACUCAGUUUGCAGCACCAAUCCAUCGAAGCCUUGAUAUUCUUAAAGCUACCAUUGGCAAGUUCUUGCGUACUUCUUUUACCCUCGAGAGUACUGAGAAGGAUGAUAUCAAAUAUUUUGGAGAUACUGGCAAAACUAUUCGAUGCAGUUUUGUACCACGCAAAGAUGAUGGCAUACGUUUGGCGUGA